CCCAAAGCGGCUGCAAAUAAGGCUAAUACUUCCACUGCAACCAAUAAUGCAAUCACCAUGGAGCUUCCACUGUGCUUUUAUAUGGCAAUUAAGGGAGUUCCUAUCGAAGCAAAGAAGUAUGUGGAAAGUGACACCCGCCGUUAUGAGGAGUAUGAGGAGUAUGAGAGGGUUACUGUAAAUCCGGUAAAUGUAAUCAUAAAAAAGAACGUGCGGGAGGCAUGGCAGGGAGAAUUAAAAUAUAAAGAUGGAAAUUCUGAUGUUGUGUCUAUUUGUGAUUCUGAAUGGAGCAUGUUCUUCAACAGAACAAUCAUGAAUAUAGUCUAUUCGACAGUUAAGACACCUGAAAUUGAAAAAGUUAAAAUAUAA